UAGGGUUUAUGUUGGUGAAUUGGCUAAAGUUGGCUAAAAGUUUUGCGGCACAAAUACAAUUUCGAAGAUGGGGCUCUCAAUUAACUUCCCUGGUGCAGCCGAGGGAGUGCUUCCUGUGCUAGUAAUGAACACAGUUUUCUCAGUGGCUCUUUUGAAGAAUGCGGUGAGAUCUGUGCUGCAAGUGGUGGGUGCCCUCCAUGCUAGCGGCCGGAGCGCUCCAGACGACACUAGUGCAAGUCAGAGGAGAAUUUCAAUAACCCAUGUGAACAAGUCAUUGUGGUGGACUACAACAAUGGAGUGUUGUGUUUGUCUCUGUGGGUUCGAAGCUGACGAGGAGGUGAGCGAGUUGUCUUGCAAGCAUUUUUUCCACAAAGGUUGCUUGAACAAGUGGUUUGAUAACAAGCAUACCACCUGCCCUCUUUGUCGCUCUGUCAACUAACUAGCCACAAUUUAAAGGUUUUUUAGCAAGCUAGCGGAUUGUCCUUAUUUUUCUCUACCGACCUAUCUAAUCUUCAUGCUUUAUUUUUGGACAGUCAAAAUUUGAGAAAUUUAUGUGAUAAUCUUA